CGGAGAUGGAGAAGUCUAUCUCAUCAUCAAGUCUCUCGCGAACUUUCAACGAAGCCAUAAAACUUACCUGGAAUCUUGGCUUUCGAUAUCUUUGGAUAGACUCUCUCUGUAUCAUUCAAGACAGUAAGAAGACUGGGAAUACCACGCUUCCAAAAUGGCAGACAUAUACACCAAAUCAUAUCUCACCAUAUCGGCAUCCAGAGGCGAGAACGGCGACCGAGGUCUCUUUGGACUUCGUACAGAUGAGCCGCUCAAGCUAGUACACUCAGAUUUGCAGCAAGUGCGAAACCCAGCGAUAUGGCAACCAUUCCGAAUAUCAGGAACCGACAGAGACGCUUGUUUGAGAAACUUCACCGUCUUAAUGAGGCGUCCUCAUGGCUUGUACGAAGAUAAGAAACCUAAGGAGCCGCUGCUGAAGCGAGCCUGGGUAUUUCAGGAGCAAAUUCUCAGCCCACGACUCAUCCAUUUCGCGUCUGGAGAGCUAUACUUUGAAUGCAAAUCACAUGUGGCAUGUAAAUGUAGGGGCUGGGAGGAAAAGGCGAAUAGUUCUCAGUGGGAGACACGGUGAGGUAAAGCACACGCGAUUCUCGUGUCAAAAUCCAAGAAACUUCCUGAGUCCUCCAUAAAGCGCCAGCAGGACUUUGAGGCAUACACAGCACUUGUGGAAGCAUACACUCAACUUCAGAUAACUCAAGAGCUAGAUCGUUUGCCUGCCCUUUCGGGAGUCACAUCGGGUCGAUGCGACGAUUACCUUGCUGGAAUGUGGAGAAGCCUUCUUCUAGAAUCA